GUUUGGAAUGUCUCGGUAGCUCACAGUUGCUAACACGUCUGUUAAACAGUACAAAUACAGUUUUAUAGUUCGCAGAUUGGAUUUUAUUUGUUGCCUAAGGAAAUAUGGAUAUUUCGGCGAAACACUUACUGCAGCGACUGGUGCGACGGAUCCCUGCUUCGAUGCUUAUAUCCACGCUGGAGAAGUGGGGGCGUCUGACCGCAGAAAACCUUAGAUCCUUAGAUUUCACUCAGUCAAAAUGGGCCAUAGCCAUGGAGCUAGUCGCCCUUUGUGAGGAAAGUGAACUGACUGUAAAACACAUCACAGAACUUGAGAUGAUAUAUAUCACUGAGAAUCCAAACCAGGGAAUGUGGCACACCUUCCAGCUUGUGGAUCCUGAGGAUGAUGCCAACUCUGUGGAGCUGAUUCAGUUUAAGGAACAAUUCAAAUCCCAUCUCAGUGUGCUCAAAAGAAAUGUGUCGGUCAAAAUUAAGAAGCACACAGACGAAGCUGUUUGGAUCCGAGUUGCCUGGGGAGACGGCUUAUCUCGGCCCAACCACCUGAAAGCAACAUAUGUUGUUCAUUAUCUCCAGACCCCUUAUGUUUUUGUUAAUGCUUUGGCUUCAAAGUAUAAGCCUCUUCUCUUGCAGGCCUUGACUUUGUCCACUAGACAUCAACAAAUCAAGGCUGCGAACCUGAGUGGACAGAAACUGACCGCUCUCAGGGACCUGCUGAUGAGGCAGUACCAACAAGUGUUUCCAACAAAGUAUCCCAUCCCUCUUGCAGAGAGUGAUCAAAGCAUUUCAAAGCUGCGGAUUGAAAAAGUGCAUGCUGAGGCAUCAGCCAACAGACAUCGGAUGGCGGGAGAAACCUUUGGCGAUGGGAUGUUACCUGCACUGCAGUCUGCAGUCUUUAAGCUGGAAACAAAAUUCAAAGACCCCAUCAAUGAAGCCAUGACACAACGAGAUGAGCCAUUCUUAUGUAGUGUUAAAUUUUCAAGUUCCAACCUCCUUGAAUCACUCAGACAUUGUGCAUCCUCAGGAAUUGCCUCAACCCCAGUCACACCCUUGCUGUCAUCUAUUCCUCUAAAAGGAAGGAAUUAUUUUGUCAUUACGGACAAUGUUCCAACUGCUUGAUCAUAACUGUGCCAGACACAGCCCUGGUUUUAAAUCGGCCCCUACUGGAAUGACUCAAAGCUUUUCCCACACUUUCAGGAAAAUUAUUGUCCAUAGACAUUCUAGUUCUCCUUUUUUUAAAAUGCUUUUUUUAUGCACCUUAUUUCAUAUAAAUCUGGGUUUUAUAUAUAUCACCAUUUUUUAUGUUAUGAAAUUUUGAUGUAAUUUUGGAUUUGUUUUUUCUUUUACUUUUUAAGUGUAAUAAAAAGGCAUGGUUUUAAAACAAAACAUUGUUUCCUAUGCCCUGUAUUACAGUAUUAACAUGUUGAGCAGAUUUGGUUCCAGUAAUAACUAUGUAUUGAUGUUCCUUUAUAGUAUUAUGUCAUGCAUGAAAAAUCAGUAAUUUUUUGUGAUUUAAUCACCAAUUGCUUUCUCAGACAAGGUGAAAUAAGGCCAACAAUAGCAGUUGUACAUGAGGAAACUGGGUUGCUCAUAUGAAUGUAUGAAAUAAAUAAA